CCGUCCGGGCCCGGGCCAAUCCCUUGACGGGGCGGGGUCUCGAUAAAUCCCGCCCUGCAGCUGCGGUCGUCGGGGGCGUGGCUUGUGACGGCAGGGAGGAGAGUAACGCGGGAGCGCUUGGGCCCGAGAGUUCGCGGCAGUGGGCGCGGGCUCGGGCGCGAGCCGGGUCCUAAGGUCGCGCGGGCGAGAGUGCACUUGCCCGGGCGGCCGCGUGAGGUGUGUGGCGCGCGCCGUGCCGGCCAGCCCCGCUUUCCAUCGCGUCCCUUGGGGGUGGGGCGGCCACUUUCCCACCCAGCCGCAGCAGCAGCAAAGAGCAUGUCCUCGAAUAGGGCCAAGAAAGUGAAGAUGGCCACCAAGUCCUGCCCGGAGUGCGACCAGCAGGUUGUCCUACAACACAGCCUCUAAGAAGACCAGCUGUCCCGGACACCAAGUAACAGGAUUGUUUACCUUUACACUAAGAAAAUUGGCAAGGCGCCAACGUCUGCAUGUGGUCCUGCUAAUCUAAUUUCAUUCUGCUUAAAGUAAAUGGUAUGCAUGUCCAAAUUGAAUUUCUGUGCUAGGCUCUUCCUGCUGCUAGCCUGGAAUUACAUGCAUAUGUGCUGUCCCAGCCCAAAGGCUGCUAGUGUGGCCUGAUUGUUUCUCAAUGCUCUGGAACCCUUGUGCACACAGUAGAAGAAGCUAAAUUCUUGCCUUCGCACCAAUGGAACCCACAGCUUUAUAUGUUCCUGUUGCAUGCAAAUCGUGCCCUUGUGGCUACAUAUUUAUUAGUCGAAAGCUCUUGCAUGCCAAACGUGCUGAGAAAUCACCACCCACUGCAGAAAACAAGAGUGAGGCCAAAAGGAGACGAACAGAGAGAGUUAAGCGAGAGAAGAUAAAUUCUGCAGUAAAUAAAGACUUAGAAAACAGAAAAAGGUCCAGAUCUAACAGCCAUUCAGAUCAUAGCAGACGGGGACGAGGAAGACCUAAGAGUGCCUCAGCCAAAAAGUGUGAGGAAGAAAGAGAGAAACAAGAAAAAGAAGUUGACAUGUAUGCUAACCUUUCAGAUGAAAAGGCUUUCGUGUUUUCAGUGGCCUUGGCGGAAAUAAACAGAAAAAUUAUCAAUCAAAGACUUAUUCUCUAACUCACCACAUACAACUGACUUUGUUGUAUGCAGUGUGGCUAGCAUAUUUUCAAGGUGUCAUGGACUCCCAGGAGGCAUAUUGUCUUCAUCAACCAGGACCAUAGCUUUUCCCUGUUAAAACUGUGCUGCUGUUUUGGAGCUCACAGACUUUUGUGUGUCUACACAUCAGCAAGAAGCGACGUUGUCAACAUUUGAGUUCUUUAUGCUUUGGAGACUAAUGCUCGAUGAACGCACAGAGAGAAUGCACCAUUUCCAGAGCACUUAGUUAGAUUUGCUGCCCAGAAAUGCAAUAUUUUAAAUACUUUCUGAAAGAAUGAUUUUCUUUUAGAACUAAAUAUAUUUCAGAUUUUUCAACGAUAUUACAGUUUACAUAUGUAUAGUUCAUCUAACCUUUUAAUAAAUUGAUAUUCUGAUAUUGAACUGGAAAUUAA